AUGAUGAAAGGUCCGAAAAAGGGUCUCAAGUUUGGGGCCAAGAAAAAUAAUCUUGAUGAUUUCAUCGAAUCUGAAUUUACCAAGAUCAAUAAGAAUUAAGCACCUUAGGCUGAAGAUGGGGAGUUUGGCAGUGGAAAUGAUGAUGGAUCAAAUCAAUAUGGAGGAGCUCCAGGAGGCGGUUUUAAUUCUGGAUAGAAUAGUAAUUAUGAAAGAAGUCCUAAUGUCGGCUACUCUGGAGCUGUGCCAAGUUCAGGCAUCACUAGUUCGUCUGGAGCAAAGAAAAAUCCUUUAGCUUUUAAACCAUUUGAUGUGAAAAAGAAGCUAGGAGCAGCAAGUGGAAACAAGCCAUUAUUCGGUUCUGUUUAGAAUAACAAUAAUCAACUGAACAUAGACGAAUCAGGGGCAAUAGAAGAUAGCUCAUCUGGUAAUGAUCGCGGGUAUACUCCUUCAAGCAAUUUAAAGAAUUUAGGAGCAAUAAAGCAGUAAAUAGAUAUAUAGGGUGGCAGUAACAAUACACAGAGCAAUACAUCAAUACUUUCAAAACCCCAAUUGAAUUCAGGUGGCAAAGCUACUCUCCCCUCGAGCGUUGUGAAAACAUAUAAAAUUAAGCCAAGGCAGAAAUUCAUGAUGGAUGAGCCUGAUGUGAAAGCAAGCGGUUUAAACUAUGCUAAAUUAAAUGUUGAAGAAGACGUAGUUGAAAGUUUAAAGGAUGAUGAUUAUAAUAGAUAAAUGAACAGACCAGGACAGAUGAAAUUAGGAGGAUUACCACCUACUUCUCUUGGAACGAAACCUAAGAUUAUUCCAAGUACUAACACAAAGUAACUUGGCCCUCAAUUUAUGAGAGACAAGCUAAAGAAUCAAGAUAACUCUAGAACUGAGAAACGCCCACCUUCAGCUUAGAAAGACAUCAAAUAAAAGUCAAAUUAGGGCACUGAUGAUGAUGACUAUAGCGAUGGUGGUUUUGAAGACAAUGCUGACGAUGGUAAGGAUGAAGAUCAACUUGAGAAGUUAAGAAAAGCUAUGGAUCGUGAAAACAAAAGGGCUAUUAAGCAUAUAGAGUAGAAACCUCAACUAUUGUAAUAGAACCCAGGAGGAAACUAAGGUGGGCCAAAAGCACCUUCUGGGAAUAACGCUAUGCAAAAUUUAGAUUCUUUUGCCAAAAAUCGUGGACUAAUUGUUGGUGAAAAGGUCGAUCACUUAGCUGCUAACUAAUAACUUAUCAGAGCAGAGGAACUUAGAGAGCUUGUGGGCUUAGGAUAGGAAGAAUUUUUCAAUAUGUUUGAGAUGGUGCCUUAGACACCUUAGGACGUCUAUUUCUCAAAAUUAACAACUGGUGUCAUUAAAACUUCAUGCAUUUCAACUGCUGAUGAAAAUAUUGAGAGAGAUAUAUAAACUGAGGACUUAGGGGAGGAAAGCAAGUUCAAUCAGGCUCCAGAAGACAUGAUGACUAACUAUAACAAAAAUAAGACUACAUAUCAGCGCAGGAAGAAGAAGGAAAAUGAGGCUUUGUAGCUUGAGAAGUUCUUGCAGAGAGCUGGUCCAGUAAUGGAAACUGUGCUAGAUGAAAAUGAGUGGCUAUCAUUUUUAGGAAACAGGGAACAAGCUUCAAAGAGAAACGCUGUCGAGUUGAAGUAAAACUUGAAAUUCCCAAUGGAAUUACUCAUGCUAUUUAUUUAAAACUUCAAGGAACCUCAGAUCCAAAAGAUCUCAUGUGUUCACAUGUUCGAGUCAUCUCCUCAAGCGAAAUGUGCAGUUUCUUAUGUAAUAAAACUCCAUAAUGGAGAUAUGGUUUAUCUAACCAUUGUGUAUUCAGUUCUUGCAAAUACAGCUAUUAGGAUCCUUAGAAGCGAAUCAGAAGUCACCUAAAUGUGUACUCCAGGUGAUGACAGUAUCUUAAUUCUAGGGACAGUCCAUGGUUCAUUACUUCUAUAUGAUUUGAAGGAAUUCGAUCUCAGCAAUAAUGCACGCAGUAAUGAGUUGAACUUUGAUGCUUUGAUGAGUUUGAAGGAGGAAGACCCUGAUUCUCAAUCAGAGUUCGAUGAGCACUAAAAUAAAAUGCAAUAGUUGAGAAACCGCUACAAUAUUUAAUGGCCUACUUUUUCAACAGAUGGACUGCCUAAUUAUAUGCACUUUGCACCAGUUAAGAGACUUCUGUUUGUCUCUAAAUUCGGUGGGGGUUCAGCAUAAAUAGGAGUCAUAGAUGAACUUUUGACUUUAAGUACUUGGAGUCUAAUUGAAACUUAGAGUGCAGUCCUUGGAGAUAGAGCUUUCAAUGAAUUUGACUUAAAUAUGAGCAUGGGUGGAAGAUUCAAACUACUUGAAAACUACUCAGAAAACCUAAUGAUUAUGCCUGAAGUCAUGGGGCAUCAUGGAAAUAUUCAUGAUGUAAGCUAGAGUCUCGAACUUGAGUUUGACAAUACUGAUCCAAACACUUUUUAUUUCUCAGUUAUAGAAGGACUGUUUAAAUUUAACAGAAGACAGUCUCCAAUCCCAACUAGAUUGGAUACUGAAGGUCUUGGUGCACCAACUGCUUUAUCAAUGUCUGAUAAGGGUUACUUGCUAGUAGGAUUCACUUGUGGAUCAAUAGGAAUGUAUCAUGAGAACUAUACUUCCCCAAUUACCAUAUGGUAUCAUGCCUGCAACUAAGCUAUUACCCAGAUUAAAUGGUGUUAUCUGUACUUCUAGGAUGACCAGGCAGGAUUAUCAGCAUCUCCAGAAAAAAGACCAAAGCAGUAAGCAGAUGGAGUUUCAGAGUUGUCAAAUGUCAAGUUCGCUACUCGUUUGUGUGAAUUCUUCGCGAUUGACCAAGCAGAAGAUUUUUAUAUCUGGAACAUGCAGAAGUCUCUAAAUAAAUCUGCACAUGUCAUACACUUCAAUGAAAAGCAUAGCAGCUAAACAUCAUAGAAAAUAUUCAGAAUAUCAAUGACGUGUCCAGAUCAAUCCUUCUUCACAGCUUUCGCUCUCUCAGACUUCUCUGUUAACAUGUACCUAAUGAACUUCAAAAAAGGAUCUUAAAUCACUAAAGAAAAGCUGACUCUCGAGAACAAGAAAUCCUACAAAAUUAUUUCUACUUUACCCCUAAACGCCUAGUCGACAACUCUGAUAAGCCAGCAGUAAUGA